GAUUCCAUUUUCGAAUAUUCAAUUCUUUCUUUCUUUUUGUAAAUAGUUUGUAAUUGGUAAUUGGAUGCGUUAAGAAAGAUGAGUAUUCUUGGAAUUGUCGCGGUAUCAAUCAUUUGUGCGAUUGCCUUUUUAUUUGUUUCCUAUGGAGUUCUCCGUCUAUUAAAUGCUGCUAGAAGAAGAAGCUAUAUGAACAAGGGAGAUUCCUCUUCUACGAGAUCCUGGAAAUUCUUGAAGAAUCCUUUUGCCCGCUCUGGAAAGUUUGAGGCUUUAGAUGCUGAUGAUAUGUGGGACAGUCGAGUCGAGGAAACGGAAUUAAGUACUAUUCCUUCAGCUGCUAAUUAUUUCGAGAAUACUACGGAAAGAUCACCCUUUGUCACCACCGACUUAAACUCUCACAGUGAUUCUUCACCUGCUUCCCAUGAAAAGAAUUCAGAAAGCGAAGCCUUUGCUUCUCCAUUCCACCCAGAGAAUGCACCAUUUUCACAAAACAAAGCUACGUGAAUUCUUCCGUUUUCAUUCUUGGUUCAAGUUUCACAGAUUGUCGCAUUGUUAUUUAAGUUUAAUUUAGUCUUUCACAGUCCUAAAACAAAGGCAUUACUAAACAAGCCAGGUUACGCAUAAGCUUGGAUGAAGAUUCUUUCCUUUCCUUUUAUACCUCCUAUAUAGUGAAGCGUGUUUAGAACAUCCUUUUUGAUUUUCCGACUUUUUCUUCUAUAUUAUUAAUUCCUCCAUUUACUGCCGUUCAUUGCUUUCAUAUUUCGUUUGUUUCUGCAUAUUUUUUUUUUGCAAAUCUACAUAUAUAUAUAUAUAUAUAUAAAUAUAUAUUUAACACUUAGAGCAAAUAUGAACAGUUAGUUAUAGAAUUUUUCUUGUUAAAUUUAAAUUCAUAUUCAAGUGCAAUUCUUGAGCCAGUGUUAUUGACAUCUAAUGAUAAUAGCUUUCGUUCAUGAAUUGUU